AUGCACUCGCUACAGUAGAAGUGUUUAAGCUUUAGCGAUUGCCUCAACUUUUCAAGCCAUUCUUCAUCUUUUGAUGACCUCUCUAACGACGAUAUUUACAACAAUAAUCACUCGGAUAACCUAAAUUAGCAGUUUAAUGCGAUGCGUAUUGCAGAAUAAAGAGAUAAUAUGGGUUUGCUAAAUGCAGAAAAUGGGAUGAUGCAACACUCGAAAUUUAAAAAUCAAAAGAACAUUGGAAAUAUUCAAUUCCAAGAGAUACCUACAUAGUCACGCCAAGAUUCCUAUUUGUAAAAGCUAAAAGAAGAAUUAGAGGUAGAAGAAGAGUUGAGAAGUAUAUUUGGCUUCAAAAGAUAGGCUACUCUCAACACUGAUGUUCAAUUAGAUUCUUCAAAUUAAGAUGAAUUUCAAAAAUAUGAGAAUUUAGAUGGCUGCAUCUCGUCCGAUGAAAAGACACAUUUGGGACCUUUGAGAAAUUAAUCCUACAAUGAGUUUUUGAAUCAUCAAUUUUCAAACGGGUUUUUCCAAGAACUGUUUUAUAAUCACCCCAACUACUAUCAUAAUACGAAUACCAAUCUUAAUAGAUUCAACUCAGGUGAGUAGUAAACUUAAAAAAAUGUUCAGUAAAAUGGCCAUAAUUUGCAAACUUUGAAGUAGCCAAAGCCUCUAAGGACUUCACUUGGAAUCUCUUAAAGUCAUAGAUACUAGUCUCUAAAGGACAGUUUGAUUCGCCCAAGCAAUCCAAUUAUUAAGGAUUUAGCUUUCAAGAGAGCAAAUUCUGAUACUUUUAGUGCUAACGAUAAUUAUUCCUACAAUGCUGAUUUUAACGACCAAGGAUGGAACAACAUUUAUGAAGCUAACAGCUAAUUUAUGAACAACUGGGGGAUGGAUAGCAUCUCAUAAUCAGACAUUUCUAAUGUAAGAUAACCACAGUAAAAUUAAUAAUCUAAUCAACAAACAUCUCUAUACAUAGUAUCAUCUCAAAAUGAUGUAAAUUAAUGA